AUGGCUCCAUUGACAGCUGCGGAGGUGGUGGCCCAUCCGGCCUUUGACUCAGUAGACUGGAGUCUCCCACCCACGACAUCCGGGACCUGCUCAGUGGCGCACAACCGACGCGGGGGUCCAUUCAACUUGUACUAUGAGACCCAUGGCACUGGGCCUGUGAAGAUUAUCUGGAUCAUGGGUCUCAACGCCUCGCAUAAGGACUGGAAGCGUCAGACCAAAUACUUCGGUCACCAACUCGGAGACCAAUACACUAAUCUGGUCUUCGACAAUCGCGGAGUCGGUCUCUCCGACAAACCAGUCUGCUUGUAUUCGACUUCGGAGAUGGCGCGCGACGUCGUCGAUCUGCUCACCUCGAUCGGGUGGAUCGACCCGUCCGCGGCCCCAACGCGUUCCCUUCAUGUGUUUGGUGCCAGCAUGGGCGGGAUGAUCUCGCAAGAGCUAGCCAUGCUGAUUCCUGAGCGGCUGGCUAGCUUGACGCUGUGCUGUACGGCGCCGCGCCUGGUGCGCACGGGGCCGUUCCUAGAGAAUCUGCGUGAGCGCGCGGCCAUGUUCAUCCCGAAACACAUUGAUAUCGAGCUGGAGCGGAUGGCGCACACGCUCUUCGGCGAUGGCUUCCUAGACCAGCCCGAUACCGAAUUCGAUGAUCCGGAGAAAAACUUCCCGACUCGUCGGGAUAGGUUUGCGGCGGGACAGCUGCGCAAGCGUAUGGACACAGAGGGGUUCACGAAGAAGGGGUUCAUGAUGCAGGUUGUUGCGUGUUACUUCCAUUCUAAGUCUCCGGAGCAGUUGAAGGCCUUGGGAGAUGCCGUUGGCAGGGAGCGCAUUGCGGUACUGCAUGGCACAGAGGAUCGGAUGCUGACGUUCCGCCAUGGUGAACUUAUCAAGGAGGCGCUGGGUGACGAUAUCUUGUGGAAGGUCUAUGAGGGCACAGGGCACAUGAUACCGUGGGAGGAGGAAGAGGACAUGAAUCGGCUGAUGGAGAGCUUUGUACAGAAGUGUAUCGGUCUGAGCGCGUGA